UGGAAAUAUUCUCAACUUCUGCAAUGAAACAGUCAAGUUAAAUGGGUCAGUGCCAAUUUCAGUCAUGGCUGCCAUAGUGUUUACAAAUACAACACUAACUAGUGUAACAAUGGCAACGACAGGACAGCAUACAGUUGCCUUCGUAGGAACUGGUACUGGUGUACUGAAAAAGUUGCUCAUAACAAAAAGUACAGAGGCGGAAGAAUUUGAAGAAGUAGUGGUAGAUUCUGGUAAUCCGAUAUUAGGAGAUCUUGCUUUGGAUCCAUCUCAACAAUAUAUAUAUGCAGCUUCACCUUACAAGAUAAGCAAAAUACGUAUAGAAGCCUGUCAACAAUACAAUACCUGUGAUAAAUGCCUUCAAGCAAGAAAUCCUUACUGUGGUUGGUGCUCCCUCGAAAGGAGGUGUACAAUCAAAGCUGCCUGUCAGAAUGCUACUUGGUCAUUUAGUGAUCGUAGUUCUCCUCGGUGGUUGUCCUUAGAAACAAAACAAUGCAUAGAUUUUCAAGCUGUGAGACCUGAUCAGCUGCCUUAUAACAGCAUGGCUGUAGUAGAAUUAGUGAUCAAUCAGUUGCCACAGUUGCCAUAUGGUGCCCACUAUCUAUGCGUUUUUGGAGAAAGUGCACCAAUCCAAGCCAGAGUAACACAUAGUGGAUUAGCAUGCAUGACUCCUCUUGUCACUGCAAGACCACCUAUUUUAACAAAUGAAGAUCAUGUUAUUGUGAACCUUGCUGUUCGAUCUAGUGAAACUGAAACAGAUUUCAUUCACCGGCCAUUUGUGUUUUAUGAUUGUGAAGUUCACAAAACAUGUAAAGCUUGUGUAACUAGUACCUGGGCUUGUAGUUGGUGCGUCCAUGAAAAUACUUGUACAAGUAAUGCAACAACUUGUUCUCGUAGAGUCAUUGUUGGAGAAAGUAAUCCUCAAAAUUCACUCAUAAAAGGGAGACAGCAUUGUCCUAGCUUUAAUAUUGAUGAUGAAAUUUUGUUGCCAAAUGGUGUGCGCAAAGAAAUAUCCAUAGGUGUCAAAAACUUAUUAACACCCUUGGAAGGAUUUCAGUGCGUUGUUGAAAUAGAAGGUGCUAAAGAAAGAGUUUUUGCACGAGUGAGAGAUAAUACUGUAAUUUGUGCAGAGAAUAUGUAUUCUUAUGAAGCUGAAAUUGGGCAAGUGCAAGCAUCUUUGACUGUGUUAUGGAAUGGAGACACAUUUAUAGACAAAACUAAUGUAACACUUUACAAAUGUCAUCUUCUGGGAAGCCAUGGUGGCCGUGCAGAUUGUUCAUUAUGUAUGACUAGAGAAAGAAAAUAUCAAUGUGCUUGGUGUGGCACAUCAUGUAGUUACAGUGAAAGCUGUGUAGAUCCGGUAGCUACAUCCUGUCCACCUCCUCAUAUUGACUGGAUACAUCCACUAAGUGGUCCAUUAGAAGGUGGUACUCUUGUGACCAUUGAAGGCAGUAAUUUGGGUUCAAGUGAAGAGGAAAUACAAGAUAAAGUUACUAUAGGUGGCAUUCCUUGUAUUCCUGUAGAAUAUAGUAUCUCAGUCAGAAUUGUUUGCCGCACUGGUGUUAACUUGAGCGGUCCUAUGCCAGCAGUUGUGAUUGUGGGAAAUAGAGCAGGUGUUACAAGAGCUCAAGAAAAGUUUCAUUAUAAGGCUGUUGAACUGACUGGGGUUUAUCCUAAUGUUGGUCCACAGUCUGGAGGUACUAGGUUAUAUCUGAAAGGCUCUAAUUUAAACAUUGGCAGUCAGGUUGAAGUCAUGUUGGAUGAUCUUCCAUGUAGAGUUGAAAGGUCAUUAGCAAGUAGCAGCCAAAUAAGUUGUCGAACAACCCGCUCUCCUGUGCCUUCUUAUGUUGUAUCUCAAUUAAUACUUAGAAUAGAUGGUGCUAAUAUUACUUAUGCCAAUCCUUUUACAUAUACUUCAGAUCCUACACUGCGAUAUAUUCAUCCUUUAAAGAGUUUUAUGAGUGGUGGUCGCUUUGUCAAAGUUAUGGGCACAAAUCUGACUUCAGUUCAGCAACCUAGAAUGGUGGUUUUUAAUGAACAUAACCUGGUUAAUGAAACGGUAUGUCAAGUUACCAAUGCAUCAACCAUGUUGUGCCCUUCUCCAGCUGUUCGUCCAGAUUCUCUGAAGUUACAUUACAAAAGUCAACAUUGGCGCAGCUAUGAUGAAAUGCGUCUCAAAAUAGGUUUUGUCAUGGAUGAUGUACAACCUGUUCGUGAAAUGCAAAACUAUUUUCCCAGUUUGCCUAAUGAGAUAAUUUAUGUUCCUGAUCCUAAAUUUUAUGUUCUUAGUAGUAAAGAUGGUGUUAAACUAUACAAAGGCGAAUCUUUAGUCAUUGAGGGUGAGAAUAUGAGAUUAGCAAGUACUGAAGGUGAAAUAAAUGUAACUAUUGGUACUCGCCCAUGCAACUUGACUUCACUAAGCAUGACACAACUUGUAUGUUUACCGCCUGAAGUACAACCUCCAGGAACUGAUGAAGUUGGAAGACGAACCGAAAACAAUUUACCGAUGGUGGUUGUGCGAGCAGGUACCAAUUUACGUUAUCAAAUUGGUUAUUUGCGUUAUGAAGUUGCAAAAACAUAUGAGUUUCCUCCAGAAGCUAUAGGUGGCAUUGCAGCUGGUGGGGCUAUACUAAUGAUUUUAAGUCUGAUCAUUUUGGCUGCUUUGCGGCAUAAAAGUUCUCAGGCAGAAAGAGAAUACAAAAGAAUACAGUUACAAAUGGAUACUUUGGAAAAUAGUGUACGUUCAGAAUGUAAACAAGCAUUUGCUGAACUGCAGACUGAUAUGUCAGAUUUAAAUAAUGAUAUUCAAGCCACUGGUGUUCCAACAUUAGAUCACAGAACUUUUGUGAUGAAGGUCUUUUUCCCUGGUGUAUCUGAUAAUCCUGUGAUCGAAGAAUGCAAGCAAAUAAAUGGACCACAGAAUAUGUAUGAAAUUGCUAUGGCUCAAUUUGAACAACUUCUGUGCAAUAGAAAUUUUUUGCUAGUGUUUAUCGAGACACUGGAAGAUCAGAAGUCAUUUAGCAUCAGAGACAAAGUGAAUGUAGCAUCACUUCUUAUGAUCAUUUUCUUAGAAAAGAUGGAAUAUGCUACUAGCAUCCUGAAAGAACUUUUACUACGUUUAAUAGACAAGUAUGUUGGAACUAAACAUCCUCAACUUAUGCUUCGCAGGACAGAAUCUGUAGUUGAAAAAAUGUUAACAAAUUGGAUGGCCUUAUGCAUGUACAAUUAUAUCAAGGAUCAAGCUGGUGGCUCUCUAUUUCUACUCUUUAGUGCAAUUAAGCAUCAAGUUGAAAAGGGUCCUGUUGAUGCUAUAACACAUGAUGCAAGAUAUUCAUUAUCUGAAGAACGAUUACUGAGGGAACAGAUAGAAUAUUCUCCUGUGACUAUUCAAGUUAUACAUGAGGAUCAGGAUGAAAAAGUGCAAUGUAAAGUAAAUGACUGUGAUACAAUAAGUCAAGUUAAAGCCAAGAUUUUAGACUCCCUUUACAAAAACACUCCAUUUUCUCAAAGACCUUCCAUAUAUGAUGUAGACCUAGAAUGGAGACAUGGUCGUGGAGGUCACCUUAUUCUCGCUGAUGAAGAUCUCACCACAAAAGUUGUUAAUGGUUGGAAAAGAAUAAACACACUUGCUCACUAUGGCAUUAGAGAAUCUGCUGUCAUGUGUUUAGUUGCAAGAAGAAAGGAGAUGUUGAAUUGUCUUCGUUCAGCAUUUAAUGGACCUUUAAUUUCUGGUUCACCUCAAUUAGGCAACUGUAUAGAAGAUGGACCUAGAGUUCGCUAUUGGCAUCUAGUCAAAAAUAUUGAUGACCAUCAUGAUUUUCAUAAAGACCAUAGUCAUAAAGCAAUACCUGAGAUAUUUUUAACCCGCCUUUUAUCGACAAAGGGCACAAUUCAGAAGUUUGUGGAUGAUUUUCUUACUACAAUUUUGUCUGCUAAAGAAUCUUUACCUCCUGCGGUUAAAUGGUUAUUUGACCUCUUUGAUGAAGCUGCUGCUCGGUAUGGAAUUUCAGAUCCUGAAGUUGUUCAUGCGUGGAAAAGUAACAGUCUUCCUCUUAGAUUUUGGGUAAAUUUGGUAAAGAAUCCAGAUUUUGUGUUUGAUGUGGAAAAGACACCUAUAGUCGAUUCUUGCCUGUCAGUAAUUGCUCAAACAUUUAUGGAUUCUUGUUCUACUUCAGAACAUAGAUUAGGCAAGGAUUCUCCAUCCAACAAACUCCUUUUUGCCAGAGAUAUUCCUACAUAUAGAAAAAUGGUAAAUAGGUUCUAUCAAGAUGUAGCCAAUUUACCACCUGUUACAGAACAAGAGAUGUGUGUAUCUCUGCAAAUGCUUUCAAUGGCUCAUUCAGGUGAAGUUGACAGUGUAAAUGCCUUAAAAGAGUUGUACAUAUAUGUUUCAAGAUAUGGUAAUCAAAUUUUGGAAGCUUUAGAUUCAGAUCCUCUGUGCAUGUCUCAGCAUCUGGCUCGUAAACUGGACACUGUAGCUUACACAAUAGGUGGAGGUGAAGCAUCGUUAUGUUGAAUAUGCUAUAUUUUGUGCGAAAAGUGCUUCUCCAUUCCUAUGCAUUUCAGUUCGAAAUGCACUUUGUGGUAAAACUGUUACAAUCAUACAUUUGAACUGCUAUAGCAAAUAUGUUUGAAUUUCCAUUGCAAGGAAUGCUUGAAAGAAAAUAUUCAGUUGUCCCUUGCAUCUUGUGAUCAAGCCAUUUUAUAUGACUGAUGAACGACUUCAGCGUCAGUGAUGUGUGCCGUGUGUGUAUUAUAUGUAUAUGCAUAUAUAAAAUAUUAUGUAUAGUUUUUGCUCCUCUAACUGUUAUUUUUUUUUUUUUUUAUUUUGAACUUCAACAUUGAGACUCAGUUUACAGUAGUACUCACUGUUUGCAUGAUCAGUGUUUAGUCACGGCAGAAGAGCAUUCUCUCACAAAUCUUCGAUGACUAUAAGCUCUCAUUUAAAUGUACCAUUUCUACAAUAACACUCCGUGCCACCUCCUCUGCCAAUGCACAUUGAAAACCCUUUAUAUAAGAAGCAGUCUUUUGAAACAGCAAUCAUUAUUCAUUUGAUAUAAGUGAUUUAUUUGUUUUAAUUUUGAUGCCUUCUGUCAAAUCAUGAUCGUGUAAGCUGUAAUUUCAGUCACUCAUUAUAUACAAGUACUGUCUCAUGAGAAAUCUGUUGCCAAGGAAACAACUUCUAAAUACUUAAGAAAGCUGUUGUGGAAAAGUACUUAAUAUGAAAACUUGACUCAAGAAAAAUUUGAGCUAAUGAGGCAAGGAAAGUUACGAAUUAUGACAUGCUACAAAAUUAAUGAAACUUUUUGUAAUUGCAUGUUUUUGAGAAUAUCUUUUUGGAUCACAAUCACCAGUCUUUUUACAAUAUAGUGCAUUACAACCUUAAUGACAUUUAAGUUAUUAACCUAACAAUGUGUUCUUCCAUGUGUGUACUUGAAAAGUUUUGUUUAUCUUUCAUAUAUGUAUAACUUUGGUCUUGUCUACAGAAAUCAUACAAAGAGUAAGUUAAUACUUUGUUAUUGGCCAGUUAGUGCAUCUGGACAAUGGAAUGCCUCUCUCAGUUUUAAAAUGUAAACCCAAACAAGCCUGAGGCUCUUAAGUGAUCAUUUUAAAAAUCCUUUAGCAAUUUAUUGUAUUUGUAAAGGGAAGCUAAAGAGAAGAUUAAAUUAUUUAUUUUCAUGAGGCUUUCUCCUAGCGGUCAGUCAUCUUUAAUUCUAGCUGCAUUUACCUUUUCAUUUUAUGCCUUCUUCAAAUAAUUUUGGUAAACCAGAAAGCUUGUUGCAUAAUGAAAACGUUUAUUUACUUCUUUUUAAAGUAACAUAUGAAAGGGAAUAUAAUUGUCUCUUCUGUUCUGAUACUGAAGAGUGAUUCAAAACUUUUUCAGAAUUCUAUAACAAUGAAACCAACAGAUGAAUUAUUGUUGAACUAGUGAAAUGAACUGAUAAAGUGCUCUUUUAUAUAUUUUAUUCAAGCAAACCUAUUUGUAAGCUGUUUGUGUUACAUAUUUUUCUGCAGAAUUUAACUAUCACUGUGUGAAUAUUGUCUGGCUGGUAUUAGUUCUAUAUUAGAAGAAAAAAACAAACAGAUACUUCCAGAACAUUACACUUUAGUUCUGCAAAUGUAAAUGAAUGUAAAUAGAAUGCUGAUCUAUCAAAAAGUGUGAAAAGUUGAUUAUUUAUUAUUUUAUUUCAAAACACAUUAGCCUACGGCAUUUCAGUAAGGGAUUUCGAAAAGUAUGUUUACCUUUUUCAACUGCAGAAAUUCAUAACUCAUUGUGCAUUAAAAUUUGAAAGAUUUAUUUCUAGAAAUUAGUUUUGUUAAAAUAUGCAUAUUUUACUGAAUAAUAAUAUCUGUAAAUAAUAUAUGCAAGAAAAGAAUACUUCACACAAUACUGUAGAUUUUGCAUCUUUUGUGCAGAUCAAACAAUUUGGGGGAAAAAAUUCAGAUCUGCUGAGAUGUUUAACCUUUCAAAUUACCAAGGAAAUACUAUAUAGUAUCAGGUAUAACUUUUCUUUACCAUCUAAAUUUAUUUCAAUUGCACAUUUCUAGAAUUUACAAGUGUGUAUGAUAUCAUGAAAAGUAAAGUUGAAUUGCCUUUUAAAUCCACAAUGAAACACCAUACAGUUUUUUAGUAUAUUAAAAAUUAUGUUGCAAAGCAGUUUGUAAUUUAAACUUGUUUUCUUUGUGUUAUUUCAUUCAUUUCUCAAUUUAAUUGGAAGCGUCUCUCAUAUUUGAGUAUACCUAUAAAUGUUAAUUUUGCAGAUGUGUGAGGUUUAGAAAAAUUAUUUAACUUCCACAGUUGCACAUUACCUAUGCAUUUGGAAGGUAAUAAAUAAGGAAACCAUCUUUUAAAAAGCAGAAAGUAAGUUUUAUAAAAGGCAUCACCUUUCCUUUCUAACCUGUGCAUACAAAAAAAAUUUAAUUUGAUUAUUUUUUAAAUAAAGAUAUAAUAUAUUUCACUGCUUUAUCAGUGUGUGAGCAGUUUUUUGCUCUAACAAAACAGGGUUAUUCUUAGUAUUACUGUAGCAUAAUUUUGCUUUACAAUGAAUUAAACUAGUAAUGGUAGAAGACAGGAGUUUUUCAUUAAAAUUUUUCUGUAGUUUAUGCCUGUGCAAAUCAAAUACCCUAUCAAAACAGUUCAAGAUACAUUUAGAGUUUACAUAUUAAAAUGUAGUUUAAAUUCUCAUUUAGUUAAUAUUAAAUAUUUUUUUAAUGAUUUAAAAUUAUCCUUCCUUCCUAUUUUGGAGGGAAGAAGUAAACUUCUUGUGAAUUUUUUUCAACAUUAAAAAUAUGUGCACCGAAUUUCUUAUAUAAUGAAGCAUGGAUAACAUUUAAAAGCAUUAGAAACAUUAAAAGGGUUAUUUUCAUUAAAUGGAAAAGAACUGCAGAAUUUAAAAUUUAUUUAUUUCUACGUGCAUAUAUCUACAUGGAAAAUAACUGCUCUUCUACCAAAAUUUUAAUGUAUAAUUUGUACGUUUCAACAUGUAUCUAUUUACUAAGAAAUAAAAUGGCUAUCAUUUUUUCUGUGGACAUGUGCUGAGAACCUGGUUACCCAGCUCAUUUGCUGGAAAGUAUUUUUUUACACUACCCACUGUUUUUGUCCUUUGAAUUGUGGGAUGAUGCCAAUAAAUUUUAACAUAAUACAGAAAUA